CUAUCAGUACUCAUCAUUGUUUUCCUGUGGUGGGUUCUUGUUUCUUAUGCCCAUGUGUUGUACUUGAGGUCUCGCAUGCCACCCGGCCCGUUCCCAUAUCCCAUUGUUGGAAACAUCGGCCGUGUGCCCGCAGCGAAGCCCUAUCUCAUCUUUGAAAAAUGGUCAAAGGAAUACGAUAGCCCUCUGAUCACCAUUUGGACGGGAAAUCGUCCAACGGUCGUUGUAAACGAUUGUUGGGCAGCGUCGGAUUUGAUGGACAAACGAGCCCAAAUUUAUUCGUCGCGUCCACAUUCCUACCUGGCCGAUGCAUUUGACGAAACCGAAAACAAUCAGACCAGCCUCGUAUACGGAGAUAAAUGGCGUUUACAUCGACGUAUCACGCAUACCAUGGUUGGCAGCCAAGCCGUUCGAGGAUACCAAACAUUCCAAGCCAACGAGUCCAAGAUAUUGGUUCGUGAUAUCAUGGAGACCCAACAGUUCGUCUCGGCUAUUGAGCGAUACGCAUGCUCAGUUGCCGCCAUCAUCGGAUGGGGCCGGCGAGUUCGAUCAAUGGAUGACGAUCUCGCCAACCUUGCGUUAUCUUUUGUGCAGACAGGAGCUGGCUUUUCUACACCGGCUCAGUAUUUAGUUGAAGCCUAUCCAUGGAUCAGCAAGCUUCCUAAACGGAUCUACCCAUUUCCUUCCAUGAUAUGGGAAGAAGGGCAAAGAUUGCUAAAAUACUUCUAUGCCCUCACCGUCGAAGGGGCUCAACUGGAACAGGAUAGCUUCUCCAAGCGUCUCAUGCAGGACCAGGACAAGAACAACUUAUCUCCCAAAGAAAUCGCCAGUCUGACAGGUAAUUUGAUCGGAGGCGGCGUAGAUACGACGACUACCUCUAUCAUUGUCUUCAUCUUUGCUAUGUGUGCUUUCCCGCGUGUUCAACAGAAGGCGCAGGAGGAGAUUGAUCGUGUCCUAGCAGGCGAACCUCCUACUUGGGCAGAUGAGGACUCUCUUCCAUACUGUAAGGCGCUUCUUACGGAAAUAUUUCGCUGGCGAGCUGCGAUUGCACUUGGAGGUCCCCCUCAUUCACCUGUCCAGGACGAUACCUACAAGGGCAUGUUUAUUCCCAGAGGUACUUCGAUCAUUGGAAACCUUUGGGCCAUUCAUCGCAAUCCACGAGACUACCCUUCCCCCGAUGAGGUACGACCCGAGAGGUUCUUGGAUGAGCGACAGCCAAAUCCUAGCAAAAGAGGCAUCUUCACGUUUGGUUGGGGCCGACGCCUUUGUAGUGGGCAACCCCUUGCUGAACAAGGUAUCUGGUUCACCAUUGUGGGAUUACUUUGGUCAUUUAGAAUGCGAUCUACCGAUGAACAUGGAAAUUCGAAGGAGCUGGAUAUCUUUGCAUUUAAUGAUAGCCCAGCCCCAAGGCCGUUGCCAUUCACGGUGGAGUUCAAGCCCCGGACGAGUACUACCAAGGGCAUCAUUCAGGCUGCAGCUUUGAAAGCCGAAGACGAGCUGCGCAAGUAUGAAGUCAAUAGUAACGUAGCGAUAGAAAACUUCCAGUAAAUAUUCGACCAGUGUUUCCGGGCGAACUUCUCAGUACAG